AAUUGUGAGAUAUAUAGGCAUAUAGGCAUAUAUCACCUAACCCAUUCAAAACCAAAUCAAGAUAAUUCCAUUUCUGUGUAAAAUUCUAAUCCACCCUGUUUCUUUUCCAACCAAAGCCGUCUUCUUCUUUUUCUUCUUCUUCUUCCAUCACAUCUCUCAUUAUUAUUCGGUGCCUCUCUUCACCUAACCACAUCCUAUAAUCAUACCCGAAACCCAUUCAUUGAGAACAGCGAGAGAGGGAUACUGAGAGGACUCUCAGACAGAACCGUACCAGGAUGAACCGUAGAUAAUCCCCAAAUGAGCAAAUCUCGCUUUUCCCUGAUUUGCUGUCGAAGUAAACGCGGUCCCCCAAGUAUCGUCAUUUCCUUGGAGCGGGGGCCUCUCUCCUGCUUCCCAUCAAAGGCAGCCGUGGGGUAGGUAGUGAUCUGGUUUUAGACAGAAGCUUCACGCAGCCGUAGUUGGGUUCUCACUAGAAAAGCUCUCCCGGUAAUGACACCUACCAUUUAAUGUCCGUCAUAAUCAUGAUAAUCGUCGUGUAAUGAGCUCUUCAUUCUCUGUAAUUUUAGUUGCCCAAAAAAAAUGCCCUUCGAAACUUUCUAUGGAUUUGCCUUCGUUUGAUCUGUUCGCAUUCAGCUGGGAUUUUGAAGAACUCGAUGAAUUUUUAAAUUGAUUGAUAUACGCAGUAAUGGAUCAGGAGAUGCACGAUCGGCGAUGUGGUGAUGAAGCGGUGAAUUCAAUUCAGCAAAGGAGUAAUGAAAAUUCAAAUGGUUCGGUUGAGGAGGUUGUUUCGGAGACUGUUGCGGUGAUGCCGCCGGCGGAGACGGCGAGUGUGAAUGGAAAAGUUGGGGUUUUAGAAGUGAAGGGGAAUAGAGUAUUGGGUUCGAGUAAAGUUGUUGCGGAAGAUGGGAAAACGGAGGUAUCGGAGGUGAAGAAGCAUUCGUGUGUUAUUGAUGUUAAGUGCGGCGGCAGUGGCGCUGGCAAAGGGGAAUGUAGGGAGAAUUUGGAUGAGGAAAGGGUUUGUAGGAUAUGUCACUUGAGUUCGGAGCAAGCCGCUGAUGCAGAUGCUUCUGUUACAGAACUUACUGCGCUCGGUUGUGGGUGUAAAGAUGAGCUUGGCAUUGCGCAUGUUCACUGUGCUGAGGCAUGGUUUAAGCUGAAAGGAAAUAGAUUUUGCGAAAUUUGUGGCCAGACUGCAAAAAAUAUAACAAAUGUCCAGGAUAACAGUUUCAUGGAGGACUGGAAUGGAGUGGGGUUUCCUGGUAGCGUUACUAACUCAUCAGAGAUGGGUGAAGGAUGCUGGCGGGGACGACCGUUUUGUAACUUCUUGAUGGCAUGCCUGGUAAUAGCAUUCGUACUCCCAUGGAUUUUUCGUGUAAAUAUGUUUUAAUCGUGUGUGAAUAAAGAUCAGCUCUUCCAGCAUCAUUUUCAUUAAGAGUGUUUCCAAGUUGGUCCAUUCUGCCAAUUGACAUGACUAGAUGCGUUUGUGCUGUGGAGCCAUAUUAGAACUCCCUUAAUAUUCAAGGGUUCAAACCUCUUAAAGUUUUCAUCUUGUCAACAUGCACCUUUAUUGUGCAAGUGAAAGUGUCCAGAUUUUUAUUUAUUUAUUUAUUUAUUUUUUCUCAGGGUUUUGCAUUGGUUUUCAUGUCAAGAGACUAUAAAACAAUGGUUAGGUCAGUUAGCUAGGAUUUUUAAAAUCUUUUUGUUUUUUCUCUUUUUUGAUUCCUUUCAUGACUUCGCCCCUCAUUGUUUAGUCAGGUCUUUAUUGUAUAUGCAGAAAUCAAUGCAAAUUUAUUUGUUUAAUAUUUACAAUUAAUUUUACUCAAGUCUUUGGGAGCUCA